AUGACUAUGACUACACCACCAAAAGGUACACUUGGCCAUCAACGACAUUCACCUUCCACGACAAUGGCACACAAAGACAACGAGCCUUCGGCUGACAAGUUCAAGCUCUUGAAAAAGCAAAUUCGCGAGAUCACUGAACAAAAUGAAGUCUUGACCAAGGAUCUAAGUCGAGCGAGGAAACGACUCAGACGACUAGCCAAGGAGAAAACUAUUCUUCUCGAUCAGCUAUGCAGCUACGACAUUUCCAAGUUAAAGACAUUCAGCAAACGAAAAGCCAAUACCGAGGAUGAUGACCACUUCUUGUCUGAUAUUGUGGAAACAAGUGCUGGAGAUGGAAACGAUUCUUCUCCCUUACAUCCAUCAAUUCCAUCACCCAUUGAAAAAGAGUCAUCUCGAAUGUCGAUAUCAAGCAAGAUACCACCAACAAUUCAUCGAUCAACAGGACCAUCAUUAAUGCCAACAUCAUCAUUCGAUCAAUCACAGCCAACACCACCACCACCAACAUCAUCAUCAUCAUCUAGAUUAACAUCACAGCAACUCACUCCAAUUCAUCGUCCUCCACCACCACCACCACCACCUCCUCCUCCUCCACCGCCACCUCCUAUACCUACGCCACCUACAAAUCAACCUAUCAUGGAUGUUAUGCACCAAAACGGCAUGGUCCCUUCAUCACGUCCCAAACGUAUGCGCCGAAGUACAGCAGAGCCCAAAGUACGACGUGUUCAACCUAUCGAGAAAGAUCCCAUUUCUGGUGAAUACAAGUUACCUGCUCGAGUUGGCAUUCUCACUGUACACUCUUUGGGUCGCGUUGUUCCUCUACCAACUUAUCAUAACGAUCGCUACAUAUGGCCACCAGGUUUCAAAGUGAGCAGAACCUAUUUGAGCAUGACGAAUCCAAAUGCAAACACAGUGUACACGUGCUCUGUCGAAGAAAAUGGGGAUCAAGGACCUAGGUUUCGAGUCGUCGCUGAAGAUGCUCCGGAUCAACCUAUUAUUGCAAACUCGGCAACAGGUGUAUGGACAGCCAUUGUCAAGCGUGCCAAUGAAAUCCGAAAUCGGGAUCACUCCAAUUCAGCAUCAGGACCUGAUUACUAUGGUUUCACGCAUGCAACGAUUGCCAAAAUGAUUCAAGAUUUACCAGGAGCUGCCAAUUGCAUCAACUACGUUUGGCAAACGUUUGGUGAAAUGCAUCAAAAGACAGCAGCCGGAGUUGCAGCCGCCUCACUAAGGAAAUUGACCAACUUGGAAAUCAUGGGUAGUGCCAACAAAAGAGCACCACAAGAUGGAGAAAAUGAAAAGCAAGAAGAACCAGCAGCAGCAACAACAGCUGACACGAAACCAAAGAUCGAAAAAGAACCAUCGACAACUACGCAAUCGGUGACAGGUUCGGCAAUAAAGCACGAAGACACGGCCAUGCGAACGGAUUAG